CCACAUCAGCCCUCCGUACCUUUCAUGGAAGGAUGUAAAUGGCAUCCAACUUCAUUAACAGACAUUAAAAGAUUGUGCUAUAGAAUUGUCUCGACAUGAGGAUGAUUUUCAAGGUGUAGGGCGAGAUGAGAUAUACAAGAUCUUUUCAUCUGCUCAUCAUAUGGGUCCUUUGGGCCUUGGGAUCAACUUUGGCGAAUUUCGACUUCGUUCCAUAUGAAUUUCAGUUCACGGUGGUGAAAUCCCUGGAUGUCAGAAGACUUGGAACAACAAUUCCGUGCCCUAACAUCACUCGGCAGAUUUCGUUCACUGAAUAUUUACGGAACAAGGUGGAGGGGCUGCAUUUGGAUGUCGAUUACUACGUUAUACAGUACACCAACACAUCAUCAGGUGUAUUAGUGAAUCCCAGUGGACAAUCCUGCUACCAGGACUUAGGUGAUCCCGAUGAUAUCAUUCCCUCCAAGGAGAUCCACGGAUCGUGUAGAGGAGUGAAGUACUCUGACCGUGUACGAACGAAAUUUCUCUUGGAUAGGAAGUCCUUUACAGAGUUCUGCCGUAUACAAGUUUACCGAGAGUGUAACCAGACCCAGUACGAUUCUCACUGUGUUCCCUGUGGAAGUGGUUGUUCUCAGCCUAACAAUUGUUACAUAGUAGGAGGGAGGUGCUAUGGAAAGUUUCUAUGUGACGACCCAUUCACGGAUCCAUUCUGCAACACCACUUGUGAGGAAGACAGAUAUGGCCCUACCUGCAGUGAGACCUGUAGUGAAAAUUGCCGGCCACAGACCCUCCCCGGGGCUCGGAACUGUUCAGAAUUAGAUGGAAGCUGUUUGUUGGGUUGUAUAGCAGGCUGGCGAGGAAACAGAUGUGAUGAAAUAUGUUUACCUGGUACUUACGGACUGGAUUGCCAGAGUAAGUGUGUUGGAAAUUGCCUGAAUGGGGACGUUUGUUUACACACCGAUGGCACCUGUCCAAAGGGAUGUGCUGAGGGUUGGAAGAACACCCAUCCCUGUGAUCAGCCUUGUGAAGAUAACACAUUUGGUGUGGACUGCUCCAAGACUUGUAGUCAGGGAUGUGUUAAUGGUACCUGCGAUAUCAGGGACGGCACAUGUUUAAAGGGAUGUUUGGACGGCUUCACGGGGCCCGCAUGUUCAGAAUGUCCAAAAGGAAGCUAUGGCAAGAAUUGUGCUUUCAACUGUGAAUUUUUUUGUGUGAAUGGAACUUGUGACCACAAGAUUGGGAUAUGCCCCCAAGGUCAAUGUGCAAGGGGCUGGAGUGGCCCCAAGUGUGAUGUAGACACCUGUCUGUUUGAGUAUGAUUAUGGUUGGUGGGAUUUUUAUACAUUCCUAGUGGGUUGUGGGAUUGGAGUUGCCAUCGCUUUGAUCCUGAUGAUCACCGUGUAUUUGCUCUACAGAUUCCGGUGUAGCACAGAGUCUAGAUCCAUGAAUCGCAGCGAUCCUACAGGCGCCAGACCCGAGGAGCGUCUAGAGCUCUCCCACGGUUAUAAACUCUAACCUGCCUCAUUGCAUUGCAGGGUGCAGCGUCGUAGCAAAGCCAGAUUCAUGGACAGUCCCGGGCAGCCAACAAGAAUUAAUGCUAUGCAGAUGAACGCCUUCUCGCAGUAACUAUGGUUCAUGUUCACUGUGUUGUGCAGUUUGUUUAAUUGUGUUCACUUUUUUUUCUACUGAACACGUAUAAAGUUUGAAAAUCACGCGUAGAAUUCUUUUAAUGUAUAGGUGUUGGCGAGACUAAGUAAUAAGAACAUGUCAGUGGGAUGAAUUGUGAAACAUAAUUUUUCAUUUCUUUUCUCCACAAUUGUUAAUGCUCCAGAUACGUUUUAUUGAAAUGGCGAGUCAGUGAUUAGAUUUAUUAUUUGUGACUUUCAGCUUCUACAUCAGGCUGAAACUGUACAUGUUGUAUAUCAAGUAACAACUAUUAUUCUGCAGGUGACAUGUAUUUAAGUGACCUUUAUGAUAGCUACUACGUCACGUUCAUGAUAAUGAUUAUAACGAUAAUAAUUAUGAAUAAUAAUUAUGCUUUAUUUAAAAUGUAAAACGAUUAGUGCACAGGAAUAUUCUUCCUCAAGGACAUGUACAAAUAAAUGAACUCACUACAGAGCAGAUGAUGAACAUGAUGAUAUAAUGAAUUAUAUUUAUUAACAUUUACAUGUAUAAUGUUUUAAUGAUUAGAAGAUAUGUCUAUAAAAUGGUAUUCUGGUGCUAUGUGUUACGGUGAUUUAGGUACUUGUUGUGUACUUGUUUUAGUAUAAUGGUGACCAGGAAUGGGCAAGGUUGUGUUUUGAAAUACUACAAUAUAUGGGCCUAUAAAGCGCGAUGAUUAUUUUAUUGUGUAUUGUUACUGGAUAAUGGGGAUGUUACAUAUAAUAUUGCACGGACUAUGUUUAGGGUUAAUUUUCCUCCUGAAAUGAAGAAUUCAUUCACACCAUUUAUUUGGAAAUUGUAGAGUGAAAUACAUACUGCAAUACUAUUGAUGAUGACAUCAUCUUUUAAGCCUGCUAUAUGUAUCUCAAAACUGAAAUGAUAUUUUCCUUUAAAAUACUAAUCGUUCACACUCGUUUUUAUUCGUACGCGAGUAAGAUUUCCUUCACUCACAAUGUUCUUUUCGUUCUACCAUUUCAAAUUAUGAGAGGCAUGACUUUUGUAACAUACUAAAUACUUAAAGAAAUUGCCCCUCUUAUAGAAGGGAUAUACAUGUACAUAUAUAAGGUAGACCGUAUUUUAAAUAUCCAAAGAAAUCACUCCGCUUAUACAAAAAAUAUGUAGGAUAAACCGUAUUUCUAUACUUUCCAAUUCAAACUCUUAGUAAUUGCCCAUAGCUAGUCCUUCACGUUAGAUGCAGUUAUUUUUUAAAUGUAAAACUGUUACAUUCGUUUUCACUGAAUGUUUUUUUUCUUUCUGUGACACGUUUUAUUUCAGUGUGGUAGAUGGGCUUUAUUUCAUUUCCGGCCGGAAUGUUACAUGUUUAUUAUUCAGAUUAAUGAAAUAAACUUUACAAAGUGUUUUGUAAA